GAGCACCCAGGAUGGAAUCACAUCCUGUUUUAAUCACAGUUGAGACAUUACUGAACUCCCUAAUUAAGCUUCGGGCUGAGCAACACAUGCUAUUGGUCUAUCUGCGUUACGGGAUGACAGAGCAGAACAAAAUCAAAGAUGUGUGAUGCCUCAAACUUUAGCGCUGCUGGCUCUCCGUCCCUCCUUCCCUCCACCAAAGACUGGAAACCAGUGGAUGACGCGACUGGAAACCAGUGGAUGACGCGGGGUGCACAUGCGUACUCAGAAUCAACCAUGGACCUCGUGCUGAAGGUCGCUGACUACCACGUCCUCACUCCGUACGUAUACCCAGAAUCGUGGCCCGAGGAUGGGGCCCUGCGGCAGAUCAUCAGCCUCUUGGUGGUGACCAACCUCGGCGCUGCUGUCUUGUACCUUGGCCUGGGGGCAUUGAGUUAUUAUUUCAUCUUUGACCAUGAUCUGAAGAAACACCCACAUUUCCUAGAGAAUCAAGUUUGGAGAGAAAUUAAAUAUGCGAUGAGCUCCCUACCCUGGAUCAGCAUCCCCACAGUGGCCUUGUUUUUCGCUGAAGUCCGAGGAUACAGCAAACUGUACGACAACGUCAGCGACUCGCCACUGGGUUGGUCAGGCCUCUUCCUGAGUAUGAUUUCCUUCCUGUUUUUCACGGACAUGUGCAUCUACUGGAUUCACCGCUUCCUGCACCACAAACUAAUUUACAAGAUGUUUCACAAACCACACCACAUCUGGAAGAUCCCCACCCCUUUUGCCAGCCACGCCUUUCAUCCAGUUGACGGCUUCCUGCAGGGCCUCCCGUACCACAUCUACCCCUUCCUUUUCCCCCUUCACAAGGUCCUUUACUUGGCUCUCUAUGUGUUCGUCAACAUCUGGACCAUCUCCAUCCAUGACGGCGACUAUCGCAUUCCCAGUGGCCUGAUUAGUGUCAUCAACGGCUCGGCCCACCACACCGACCACCACCUCUUCUUCGACUACAACUACGGCCAGUACUUCACCCUGUGGGACCGCCUGGGCGGCUCCUACAGGCACCCGUCGGCCCUGAUGGGGAAGGGCCCCAUGGAUCUGAUUCGGAAACUUCAAGUAGAGGGAAAGUUAGGAAAAGAGCAAGUGAAUGGACAUGAUCAGAGAAGAGCCACGUGCAAAGAAGAGUAACAGAGUUCAGGUUAAUCACUGGAACUCAUCGAUGCCUUUAAAGACAUGAUGUGUUAAUCAGCUGCAAAACUGAGGGGAAAUAUUUUCAGUUCAUUUUUGCCAAAUCAGUCAAUUCUGAGGGGGGAACACAGAGCUCUUUCUUCAGCAGUGGAGAUGUGUGCGGUGAAUGUUUUUAGACGCCACUGAUUUAAAGGCAUUACUUGUUGUUUUCAUGGGCAGAAUACUUGCUAUCUCCUGGUCUUUUUUAAACUUUCUGUGAGUGGUCCUUAGCUUCUGGACAGCUUAUCUCUACGUUUUUUGGACUCUUGUGAGGAGCGCCUGGUGAUGGUUGCUUUAUAGACUAAUUACUUUCUUUCCUCUCAGAUUUUGGCUCCACAGAUCCUCACUGGAACUUUCAGGGGUUUAGAAACGCAUCUGUAACCAAUGUCAUUAAUUUGUUUGCACCAAUAAGGUUCUGAUGGUGUUGAGAGCCUUUUGCUGUAACAAACAAUGUGGUUCGUCUUGUCUGACACCUUGGUAAUGGGAAACCUUUUUGUAGACCAUCAGUUAAAACUAAAUUAGACUAUAUUACUUUGCACUGACAGGAGGCAGGAUUGUUUUCUAAGUGCUGAUGGAUUUAAGCUGCAUUCUUGGCUUUCCGCCGUUUUGGAGCCACUCCUUGUGUAUUCAGAACAUGUUUCUGGUGUCAUUCCACUUUAUUAAACUAAAUUAAAUAAUUAUAAUAAUUUAUGGACAAA